AUGUUUAAAAGCGGCGUUGCUCGGACCCUCGGAAGGGCUUCUUUCGCUCGACCGGCCUCCACCAUCCUUUCAUCCACAAGAUAUGCCGCUGGCAACAAUGCUCUGAGAGCUCUCUCUGCCAGAUGGGCCAGCACUGAAACCGGCAAUGUUGGCAAAAUUCAUCAAGUCAUUGGUGCCGUUGUCGACGUAAAAUUCGAUUCUGAAACACUUCCUCCAAUUCUCAACGCCUUGGAGACCACCAAUGGCGGACAAAAGCUUGUUUUGGAAGUCGCACAACAUUUGGGUGAAAGUGUCGUGAGAACUAUUGCUAUGGACGGUACCGAGGGUCUCGUUCGUGGUGCAAAAGCUAUCGACACCGGUGCCCCAAUCAAGAUUCCUGUCGGCCCUGGCACACUCGGCCGUAUCAUGAACGUCACUGGUGACCCAAUUGAUGAGCGUGGUCCUAUCAAGGGUGUCAAGAUGGCCCCCAUCCACGCCGAAGCCCCAGAGUUCGUCGAACAAUCCACAACUGCUGAAGUCCUCGUCACUGGUAUCAAGGUCGUCGACUUGCUUGCUCCGUAUGCCCGUGGUGGAAAGAUCGGUCUUUUCGGCGGUGCUGGUGUUGGCAAGACUGUGUUUAUUCAGGAAUUGAUUAACAACAUUGCCAAGGCUCACGGUGGUUACUCUGUGUUCACUGGUGUCGGCGAGCGUACUCGUGAAGGAAACGAUUUGUACCAUGAAAUGCAGGAGACCCGCGUCAUUCAGCUUGACGGAGAGUCCAAGGUCGCGCUCGUCUUUGGUCAAAUGAAUGAGCCUCCUGGUGCCCGUGCCCGUGUUGCCCUUACUGGUUUGACUAUCGCCGAAUACUUCCGUGAUGAGGAGGGCCAAGACGUGCUUCUCUUCAUUGACAACAUUUUCCGUUUCACUCAAGCUGGUUCCGAAGUGUCUGCCCUGCUCGGUCGUAUUCCCUCUGCCGUCGGUUAUCAACCUACCCUCGCCGUCGACAUGGGUGCUAUGCAGGAACGUAUCACCACCACUACUAAGGGAUCCAUUACCUCCGUGCAGGCCGUCUACGUCCCUGCUGACGAUUUGACCGAUCCUGCCCCUGCCACAACUUUCGCCCAUUUGGACGCCACCACCGUGUUGUCUCGUGGUAUUUCUGAAUUGGGUAUUUACCCUGCUGUCGACCCUCUUGACUCCAAGUCCCGCAUGCUUGACCCCCGUAUUGUCGGUGAUGACCACUACCAGACUGCCUCCCGUGUACAACAAAUGCUUCAGGAAUACAAAUCCCUCCAGGAUAUCAUUGCUAUCUUGGGUAUGGACGAAUUGUCUGAAGCUGAUAAACUCACUGUCGAGCGCGCCCGUAAACUCCAGCGUUUCCUUAGCCAACCUUUCACAGUUGCCCAUGUUUUCACUGGUAUCGAAGGUAAAUUGGUUGACUUGAAGGACACCAUCCGAAGCUUCAAGGCCAUCAUCAAUGGCGAAGGUGAUGAUCUCCCAGAAGCUGCUUUCUACAUGGUUGGUGACUUUGAAUCUGCUCGCGCGAAGGGAGAGAAGAUUUUGGCUGAACUUGAGAAGUCUUCAUAA